AUGCCACGCCCCCGACUACUGACCCCCGAGGCGCAGCUACUCGACGCUGCCAAAGCCGACGACGUCGAGGUCGCGACCCAACUCCUCAACGACGGCGUCGACCCCGACGUCCUGCUGCAGGAGUGGACGCCGAUGCUGAAAGCUGCCUUCCACGGCGCCGAGGCGGUCGUGAGCCUCCUCAUCGAGGCCGACGCCAGCGUCAACAAGUGCGACGAGAACGGCUGGGACAAGGUCGUCGCGCUCCUUCUCGCUGCGAACGCUGACGUGCAGCGGUGCACCAAGGACGGCGCGUCACCGCUGCACAUUGCAGCCGCGUUCGGCUUCCACGCUGUCGUCAAGCUGCUCAUUAGCGCUGGCGCCGACUUGGAACUGAGAGACAGUGCGGGUCGGACGCCGCUGUGGAUUGCGGCCUUUGAAGGCCACAUCGUCGUCGUGCUCUUGCUGCUGCAAGCCAAGGCCACGACCAACUGCGCCAACAAGGACGGCGCAACACCCUUGGCCGUCGCGACGCAGCAAGGUCACGUCGCCAUCGUCGCUCAGCUCGUCAAGCGCCGCGCAGACCCAUCCGUGUCCAUCAAGGACGGAGCCACGCCCUUGUUUGUGGCCGCGCAGUACGGCUACGAUGCGAUUCUUGGGCUCCUUCUUCAGGCGUCGGCGCCAAUUGAGACGACGACCGACGCGGGCGCGACACCUCUGUACGUGGCUGCUCAGAACGGUCACGCAGGUGCCGUGGCGCUGCUGCUUGGUGCGGGCGCGGACAUUUCCAAGCGACUUCCGGAUGGUUUUAGCGCCUUGUACGCCGCGGCGCAGAAUGGCCACGACGCUGUUGUCGCCUUGCUUCUCGACGCUGGCGCAGACGUCGACGAGCUCAUGCAGGACGGAUCCACCCCUCUUUUCGUCGCAGCGCAGAACGGCCAUGACGCGGUGGUCUCGCUCCUCCUCGCAUCGGAUGCGACGCUAACGACGACGACGAUCGAUGGGGCGACGGCCUUACAGACGGCCGCCCAGCACGGCCACGACGCAGUGGUCGCCCUUCUCCUCCGCGCCGGCGCCAGCGUCAAUGCCGCGAGUGCAAAUGGCUCGACGGCGCUGCUCCUUGGCGCUGCCCACGGCCACCGCAACGUCGUUGUCUUGCUUCUCAACGCACAAGCCACCGUGAACCGAUCCCGAAGGGAUGGCGCGACGCCGCUGCUUGUGGCGGCGCAGAAGGGACAUGCGAACACGGUUCUCUUGCUGCUCAAGGCAAAAGCCGACGUUGUUCGCUUCAACGAGGAGGGCAAAACGCCGUUAUGGGUCGCUGCCGAGGCAGGGCAUGCCGAAGUUGUCACGCUGUUGUUGCAAGCCAAAGCCAACCCGCACCGCUCCGACAACAUGGGACGGACGCCGCUGAACGUCGCUGUCGAGAACGGACAUGCAGCAGUCGCGUCACUGCUCAUGAACGCCCAAGCCGCCGCGGGCAAGGCCAAGAAGCUGACCAAGGCGCCGUGA